UUGCGAGAUUUGGUCGUCAGGUUGGUAGAGCUCUCUUAUACAAUGUAAUAAUACGCAAUAUAUGCACAGAGAAUGGACGGCCAUUUGUCAAGGAAUGCAUUUCAUUUGUAAACGCGAUGAAGACGAUCAUCUUAAUGGCGACUUUACUAGAACUGCUCAGCUCCACGGACGCAUCCGAUUUCAUUUCUGAUGAAGCGAACAAGAUGGGAGAUUCACUUACUGAUAAAACAAAUGCAGCCAGGAGUAACAUCGAAGACGUCAAAAGAAGCACGGACGAAGGUCUCAAAGAUGCCAAACGUGAUGUUGCAAAACUCAUUAAAGAUGCCACAACAGAUGCCAAAAGUGAAUUUAGAAAUAAGAUUCACAAUGCUGCUGUAGCUGUAGAGAGAGCCACUCGACCUGAGAGCGGCGAUGUGAUAGAAGAAGCAAAAGACAAAGUCCAUGACGCAGGUGAAGCGGUCCUGGAAACAGCUGAGGAUGUGAAAGAUAAAGUCAAGUCGUGGGUCAAUUGACCUUUACACACUUUAAUGUAAUAAUAAGUCUACCAAAUAUUAAUUAUGAUUUCAGUGGUAAAUAGCAGCGCGUGACUGAUUAAUCCCAUCGAUUCAAUGCCAAAAACGUGAACACACAAUCUUAUGGAA